AUUCUGGCUCUGCAGGAGUCAUGUCAGGGGACCUCUAGAGCCAAUCUGCUUGGGUAGAGGAGUGAUAAUUAUUCAUGGGCUCCUGCCUCUUGCUCCUUCUCUUGCACAGCCCCACUCUGCUGACUCAGUGCCUUAUUCAGUCUUCUCUCCCUCUCUCCACUGCUGUAGCUGGACCCCUUUGCCUUCACCACCUCUGAGAGCCUGCACAUCCCACCAUGGCUAAAACAGCAAUGGCUUACAAGGAAAAGAUGAAGGAGCUGUCCAUGCUCUCUCUGAUCUGCUCCUGUUUUUAUCCUGAACCUCGCAACAUGAACAUCUAUAAAUAUGAUGACAUGGAAGUUAAACAGAUCAACAAACGUGCCUCGGGCCAGGCUUUUGAACUGAUCCUAAAGCCGCCAUCCCCGGUCUCAGAAGCACCACGAACUUUAGCUUCUCCAAAGAAGAAAGAGCUCUCUCUUGAGGAGAUCCAGAAGAAGCUGGAGGCUGCAGAGGAGAGGAGAAAGUCCCAGGAGGCCCAGGUGCUGAAACAUCUGGCUGAGAAGAGAGAACAUGAGCGAGAAGUGCUUCAAAAGGCUUUGGAGGAGAACAACAACUUCAGCAAAAUGGCAGAGGAAAAGCUGAUACUGAAAAUGGAACAGAUCAAAGAAAACCGUGAAGCUAAUUUAGCUGCUCUUAUUGAACGUCUUCAAGAAAAGGAGAGGCAUGCUGCAGAGGUCCGUAGAAACAAGGAGCUCCAGGUGGAACUGUCUGGCUGAAAACAGCAAUGGUGGAUGUGACCCAUCCCCACCAUUAGUAAACUCCCCCUGCCUAUAUUAUUAUGGAUCAUGCGAUAUCAGUAUGGGAAAUGUAUGACAUGGUUUAAAAAAAAAAAAAUCAAGAACUCAAUAAAAAACUUUAAAAAAGAAACAAAAAAUAAAAACAAAACAAUGCGGUCUCUUUGCAGAAUGAUUUGCUUGAUGUUUAAAAAACUUGGAUCUUAUUUUGUAAAUACUUACAUUUUUGU